GGUGGUGGAGGAAUUGAAGACGAUCUGCUGGAGGAAGCAGCAGCAUCACUGAUUUUUCACGAAAUUCCCUUCUGUUGCCGUGACGAUGGGCUGCUGGCUUUCUGGACCAUGGAUGGGUGACCAAACGAUGAACGGGAGGAGUCUAGCACACCUGAGCCAGCGAGAUGCUCUUCGGAUCUUGGCAGCAAGCCAGCGUCCAAUCACCUUGCAGAUCAAGGGCCACAGGGGGCGGGGCUCUGAGCCAGACAGGGGAUCCUGGGAACCCCUCCCCCUCAACCUGCAGCACCUUAACCUGCCCCUACCGCUGAUGGGAGCGGGGCUUAACACCUCCAGCCCCUCCUACCAAGACAGGCAUUUUUACGGUCAUCUGCCUCAAGAUCACUGUGACAGAGGACGGUAUAGCUACCUGUCUAACUCACCACAGGACACCGUGGACAUAACCCAUCAGGAUCUUGAAUUGAUGACGCGUCGCCAGAAGAGAAAGAACUGCCUGAUGGGAUGUUGUAAUCCUGACUUAGACGAACCUACCACCUGCCACAGCCAGACUGAUGAUGAGGACUUUAUACUGGAGAAGCCCAUGGGCUUCAUGCCCCUCCACCAUGAACUGGACAGUGGCUUGGGCUGGACCGAUGGUUCCCUCCAUCAGGGUGACCUCUCGGGCCUGGAGACGGAGGAGGGAGGCCUGGAGGACUGCCAUCCACACGGGGGCCUGGCCCCGGGAGGGUGUGGGGGAUUCGGAGGAGGGGGCUCUCCUUCCUCGGAGUCCUUCAUCUCCUCAGAGCUCAGCGACUCAGGCUUCUACAGCGUGAGCACCGGGGAGUUCAGGCACUUCCAGAGGCUGCUGGAGAAGCGGAUGCGUCUGUACAACGCCAGGCUACAGCAUCAGGGCGAAGCGUGCGAGAGGCGAGAGAGGCGCGACAGCUGCCCCAAGAGCCACCGCGAGCUGCUCGAGGCCAUACCAGAGACUCUCACGAUGCAGCCUCAGCGGCAGCGCCUGCAGCACGGGAUGGAGGAGGGAGCUGGGCCUGUCAUGGACGUCCCAACCCGGGGACUUUUCAGGGUUUCAUCAGUCCAGUUCCACAAAGCGGACCGGCCUUGCUUAAACCGCCACAGCUCCAGCAGCGGAGCUCUCUUCAACCCCUCCCACAGCCACGCGGCCCGCAUGGCUGGCCCGGUCCUCUCCACCUGCAGCACCCCGUCCAGCCACCGCAGGCCUCAGGUGUCCAUGCAGCAGCAGCACCACCACCACCAGGGCUCCAGCUCCGUGGGGAUGCUGAGGAGAAGCCGAACGCUGCACCACCGCCCCCCCCAGCAGGAGUACCGCCGCCGGGCCAGCCAUCCCGCAUCGCCCUCCUACUGCGCAGCAACCCUCCACCACUGUGGCGGUUUAGCGCCGCACAACGUCCUGCCAGCAGGCCUGCCGGAGGACGGGGAGCUAGAGAGCGGUGUCAUGGCGUCACACUCACCCCAACAACAUCCAGCAGCUCUGGGACACAUGAGGGUUCCCAACAACCACGAGCAUUGCUAUGACAACAACUCCAACGGCCAGAUUAAUCAUUGUGACUGGUGGCAUUCUCAAGAAAGAGGCCUGAUGCCCGAGCCAAUGAUGACGGACAGGGACAGAGAGAUGGAGAGGGAGAUGGAACAGAAAAGACAAAUGCAAAAGGAGAAAGAGUUGGAGAGGGAAGCAACUAUACAAGAGGAGCAGGAGAGGGAGAGGCAGCAGGAGAUGGAGAGGAGUCGGAGCAGAGAACAGCAGCACCUGGACCACCAUCCUCAGGCCGGAGACGUGAAUGACACCUGGCCCAAACCGGCCAGCCGCCAGCUCCACGGCGGCGGAGGAGGCAGGGGUCUCUACAGCACUCUGGAGGGCUACGCAGGUGCUGGCACCGCUGCUGGAUGGGACCCGAAAGGACAGAUGAACGCAGGUUCAAGUCCUAAUCCGAGCUCUGGUCUGCAACCAAAACUCAAUCUGAGCUCCAAACCCAACGCCACCUCACGGAUCGCAAGGAACCAGCUCCUCAGAGAUCGGGCGUCCCAGCUGGCCGACGAGCGCAGCGGGAUGAGUACCGAUGAGGAGACCAACACUGACAAGCUAAUGGGUCGGUACUGGAGUCGAACGGAGAGGAGGGAACACUUCCUGCUGGCCCGGGAGCAGAAGCAGCAGCAGCUGCAGGCGAGAGGAGGGCCGGGCCGCGACGGCUUCGGCAGGGGAGCGGCCUCCGUUGGGGAUGGGGGCGUACUGGAGAGCAGAGGAGUCGGACCUUUUGCAGAGGGACGAUGCAACACGGUCCUGGAGAUGAGCCAGAGGAAGCUGAGCCGUCAGAGGAACAGGAAGCUGUUGGAUGACUGGACAACAGUAGAGGAGCUGCUGACUCACGGGACCAGGCUGGACAACCAGGGGGACAGGCUCUGCCCCAGUUCCCUGCUGACGGUCACAACCGUCUAACUGCACGGACGCCAUGUCUGACUCAAACUUCAUGUGUGAGUGAGUGCGGAUUUUAAGUUAACAAUACAAUAUUGUGUACAUCUGCUUGUUCUGUCUUCCACCUGAGUCGAAAGAGGAAAGUAACAUGACCAGUCCUGAAUUAAAGCUUCAGACAAAGACUGGAAGAAGAGGGAUAAUUCAAACCUAAAUUAACAUUGGCAACUGUAAAGCUAUGCUUUUUUAAGAAAACUGCACAAAAUAAACUGAAAUGCAAACUUGCAAAGUUUGAAUGAAACAUAUUUGAGGUAAUUUGGCUUUUAAAAAAGACCCAGAUUUUGUUUUCCCCAGGUUAAAUGAUGCAAAAGAUGUGCAUCGCACUUUUUAUUCACGAGAGCUGAAACAAUCUGAAACAAAAAGUUUUUCUGAUCAGACCAUAUUAAACUGUGUAUUUCAUUAUCUACAUCAGCGAAAAAUGUCUGAGUGGCAUAACUAUUUAGUGAAAGCAGAACUCUCUUCUAAACCUCUUCUAAACCCUCAAUUUAGAAGAGGUAUAUCUGGAGUUUUUAGCUGUUGUUAUGAAGGCAUAAAAUGGCUUUAGACAACAAAAUGUCAAAGACAAUCUUUUUUUUUGUUAUCCAAAUUUACCAGACUUGAAGCAAAUCUCAAACCCAAAACUUAUAGCGAGGUUUGUUUUCAUCUGCUCAUCCCAUACGGGUGACAGUUCACCAUCUAUUUUCCUGAAAGAGUAGUAAUAGUAACUUCAGUUUUCAGUAAACGCAGAGUUAGGUUCUCCUUAUAUUCGUUAAAGCACAAAGAUGAAUCUGAUGUCCGUUUUCGCUUUGGCUCUGGAGGACAGGAAACAAGAGGAUUUACACGAAUGCUGGGUUGUUCCUUAAGCAAACAUGUGUGAAAAAGUGAACCUCACUGUAAUUGCUGUACAUCACCUCAACUUAUAGCUUUAUGGGUGGGCGUGUGGGCCCUGUUCAGCUCUCCGGACAAACACACGCGAAACAGUGCAUGACGCUCCAACUGACCAACCACCGGACAAGGUCAGGUGAGCGUGCAUGCGUGCACCAUGUGUCUCACACAUUUAUUUCGCAGAAUCUUUAAAACAAUAAUGACAAAUUUGGAUUUGGAGUCAAAACCUCAAAUAAACCACAUGUUUGGGGAGCAAUACUUUCAUGCUAGACGUGCUUACGUUUGUGCACCAACAGCAGAACCAACGACUGCUUCUUGGCUGUAGCACUGUAGCAACACAGACCACGACGACGGCCGAGAUUUGAUACCUUAUCCUGAACGUAUUUUUAUACUUAAUGUUUACAAUGAAAAUUUGAAUCUGCGAGAGUUUUGGUAACACUAAGAAAAAUGUGGGGUACGUUUUGUCAUGUGGGUUUGCAGAGGAUUUUGUUUUCAACUUUAAUCUCUGAGAAGAGAUUCUGUGGAGUUGGAGCUGGAUUUAAUGCUGCAAUCAUCUCACAAAUAUCAGCAGGAAACCCUCUCAGUUGAAAAUAGUAAAGCAAGAUCCAAUCAAAACAAUGCGCUGCAAAAACAGCCCCUCUAUAAAUUAGCAUAGUAUUCAUAAAUCUAGUCAAAAUUGCCUUAUUUUAAGCAGAAAUAUCUUUGCUGAUGGGGUAAGAAAAGUGUUCUUGACAAGAAUUCUUAGAAAAAUUAUCUAAAAUGGUCUUCAAAUGUUCUUGAAAUUAGGAUUUUUUUUGGUUUAACUUUCUUAGAAAAGUCCUUUUACAGUGUACUAAACUGUUGCAAAGUUUUAAUCAUUUCUAAUUAUAUGGAAUAAGUAUUUACCAUUGAUGUGAAAUUAAUCUAAUACUAUACUCCAAGUAUCUUAACCUGUUAUUAGAAUAAUCACAUCUCUUCACGUUAUCAUUGUUCUCAGAUGCUAUUUUUAAUCAGAGGAAAUGGAUAGCAGCAAGACAUGAGAACUGCUGCUCAUUUAAAAAAAAUACUGAGAAAUAAUUAUACUAAAAAUUACAAAGUAUAAUGAGACGUUUCCCCCCUUUUUUAUCGGGAGGAUGUGAACGCAGCAUAGGAUAUAAGGUCUCUCUUGGCUCAUGGCACUUUAUUCUUUCAAGUAUGUGUGUUGUAGGCAGGAUGUUUACAGAUCUAUUUACACAUUAAACAGUUAAUGCAUGUUUACUAAAACUCUAAAGUGGCUUGUUGACUGCGGUGCAACAGUUUCCAAGAAAAAGGCAAACAUUGCAUUGGGUGCAGAGUCAGACUAACUUCAGCGUCCGUCUGGACUGCGUCAGUGACAUUCCACCGUAAGCUGGUACAGUCCGAGUGAACUUUGAAAUCUACAGAUUUCAAGAACGCGUGCAAUAAUACCUCAAAUUAGUUUUCAACAGACAAUGACGGUGUCAGGUUUCUGGUGAAUGCAGUAACUUGUUUUGAUUCAAGCGGAUGCACAAAGUGAGGAGACGCCACAAGUGCACAGUAAUCUUGGAAUCUUCAGUGGCAACAGCAAAGGUUGUGUAGAUAUUACCAUCGUUUUUCCAUGAGAGGGACCUAAGAAUAUAUAACUUUUUGCACAUCACUUUUAUAUUCAAACAUUUCCCUACCUUUCUGUACCAGGGACUGAGGCCAGUGGGGGUAAAAUAACCAACAAACUAUAGAUAGAACAACAGUCUGUGUUGAUGUUUUCUUUACAACCUAUUAUUGUGAUUUAUGGAGGAAAAAAAUUAUUUAUCGUGAUUGUGUUUAACAUAUUUCAAUAUUUUUCUUGUGCCAGUUUUAAAGCCAAUGUGAACAGUUUUUAUGAUCUUUACAAACUUUCAAAGCUACUUCAUUUAUUUGGAAGCUGGUGAGACUGUGUUGAAUAUCGUCUCUUUAAAUGGAAUUUUAAAGUUAAAUUUACUGUUGUUUUGUGUCAUUACGGUAUGUACAUAUUAAUUUUUGCCACACAGUGUGAUCAGAACUGUUUUCUACCUGCAUUAUAGGAGUUUAAACACAGUUCAGAGAGGAAAAAUGUGUUAUGAGAACAUUUUAAAGUCACAAUACUGUUGGCAUUCACAGACGGCGAUUGGGUGUGCUCUGAAUGUUAAACGUGGCAUCCAUGAAUAAUGAGUAGGAUCACUGACACUGUAACGCUUAAAGGUGACACCGUGACAUUUUACACAACCAUUCUUGUUCUGCAUCUUCUCAGGAGUUUCAGAAGGAUUCCAGAUGUUUGCAUUGUGGCGUUAACCACGGAGAUACUGUACAUGCAAUCCCUGAUCAAGUUGAUUUAGCACAAAGACAGGAACUAAAAUAAAUGAAUAGAUGAUCAAGUGAAGUUGAAUUAGAAAUAUAUAGAUUUCUAGGAUGUUUUGUGAGCUAGCAUAGUUUGGAAAAAAACCCAGAUGUGGUGUCAGCUACUCUGUUUGGUUGUAUAACACGAAGGCCAGAAGGUGCAUUAUAGUUUCUUUUUAAUAUCUUCCUCCUGCUAUCAGAUGCUGGUUUAAGAUGAAACACAGACAGAAAGAACAAGAAAUGCAACCUUGAAAGAAAAGUAAAUGUUGUUUUGUUUUUUUUUGUUCUCGAAAGGUAGCCACUGUAUAAAAUUCUGGAGAAGACAUCUCCCUCUCAGAGAUGUGAUGUGCUGAAUCUCCCACACAGACUACCAAUCUGCCAGUGGAAGAUAGCUGCUUGAGGACGAGAUUUGCCCAAUAUUAACUCCUUUUUUUUUUCCACUCCUUCCAACUUUAUCUUCAGUCUAAAGUUUAGACUGAAGUUUAGACUCUAAACCACUGAAAUAUAAUACAAACCAAUGCCCUUGCCUCAUAUCUUAUGGCAGAAUUCUUACAGCCCUUAAAAAAUAAUCUUCUUAGGUUAUUGUACCUAUUGCAUUUCAUUGAAUCGUAUUUACAUGCAUUUUGGGUAAUUAAGGCAUAAAACCUCUGACUAUCCUGUCAUAGAAGUAAUGUUUAACUCAAGAAUCAGAUUUAAAAUGUCCGGACUACGGAAACAAAAUGCUUAUUCAUCUAUUUCUGUCUUUUUAAUUUGGCCGACCACUCUGCCUGACAUAUCCUUACGAUCCGUAAAGACUGUUUUUACUCUAAUUAACUUGACCCAUUUUCCAGUCAGGAGAGUAUUCAUUAAUUACCAAGCUGCACAACAGCCGCAUCCUGCUCUCAUUCUAAGAGAUUGAUAAAUAAACAAAUGGCAGAUGAGGGGAUGUGAUGGUUUUUGAGCCCAGAAAGUGCAGUAAAGAUAUAUUUUUGGAGAUUUUACUGUGAGUUGGAGCCAUGAAAAGUUCACGUGGUGACUUAAGUUAAUGGAGAAAACUUCUGAGUUAGAUGGAGUAGUUAUUUCUCUUUUGACAGAGUCUCCCAAGGCCUCCAGCCUUUGUGCAAAUUAACUGUCUACGGGGUGAUUGUCAUUUCAUUAAUAUCCUCUUUAAAAAUGAAAAAAAGCGUAUCUAAAGGAGAACAGAAAGCAAGAAGAUGAACAGAUGUGUCAAAUUGUUUGUGUAAACCCUGUAAAGAACUGGGAAAGAAAGGACUUGGAGUCAAACAUCCACCAUGUUUAUUUCUAUGUUUCCUCUCUCUCUCUCUCUCUCUCUCUCUCUCUCUCUCUCUCUCUCUCUCUCUCUCUCUCUCUUUCUCUCUCUCUCUCUCUCUCUCUCUCAACUGUGACUAAAGCAGACUGAAUAAUGGAUGACGAACAGAAAUUUUUCCCUUUCCACCCACCCCCUUUCACCCUCUUUGCUUACGUUACACAAGGACACGGCGUGCUGAAAAUAGCGCUGCUGUCCUCAUGUGAUGUGAAAUUAAAAGCACACUGGAGCGGAGAUUCUUGCUACUGGGAAACUCAGCACUUGCUUUGCUCCAUCUGACAAUCCCUCCAUCCAGCCCGCAACACCUCCUCCAUCUGUCUGUGCCAGUGUACUUUCACUACAGCAAGAUUUUUCAAAUAUGAUGAUGUACAUGUGAUUGUAAUA